AUUUUGAAAAGGCAACACAUGUACACAGUUAUCCCAAGUGCUAAGAGGAAGUAAAUCAUACCAGUCAGCAUGGCGAGCAAUGUCCUCCCUCCUGAAGUCGAUGCAUUGGAAAAAUAUUUAAUGGGGAAACCAAACUUCUUAGGAAAAAGGGAGGUUAAAUUAGUUUGGGAUGGCCUGAAGAUAUGUGUAUCUACAAGAAACGGAAAUACCAUAGAGGCCUUUGGAAGGCUUGAAAACGCAAUAGAAAAAAAUUAUUCUAUGAAACGAGAACAACUUGUGAAGGACAAAAGCUAUUCUAUGCUGAAGUCAUCAAUAGUUGCAGCUUCUGAAGCAAUAAAGAAUAAAGGAGGACAUCCUCAAGGACAAUCACUUGAAGCUAAAGGGAAACAAGUAACGAAGGUGCAAGUCACUAAACAAACCAAUCAACCUUUACCGCAAAAAGGGGAUGACAGUGCUUCCAUAGCGCUUACCAGAGUGUGUCAACUGAUCGAAUGGCUGCAUGGUGUUUUGAAUGGCAGAGCUGAUGCCAAACCACCAGAUAUACAGAAAGAUCACCAGCUGACUGAGGAACACACACUGACAUAUGCAGAAGCACAGACUCAGAUUUUUGCUGUCAGAGAGAAAUUUAAAGAGUUAACAGAUAAUCCGGAGAGAAACACAAUAGUUAAAGCGGAGGUAUCAUCUACACGACCAGAGACUGCAACCACUGAACUAGAGACUCCAUCCCAACAGAGGAAAAUUCAGCAUGAGAGACAAACACAAGACUACGAAGACUACGAUAGAACUCAUGAAAAUGAUAGGAAACAUUACGAAUCUAUACUACAGGACUUGAAGGGAAAGUAUGAUCAACAUUUGAUGAAAUUGGAAGACAAGAUUCAGAGUUUAAAUCAAGAACUUCACAGUGUUAAAGAAGAAAAGGAAGGGCUGUUGACAAGAAUGAGCAAGAUGGCUGGAGACAAACUAACGCACAAUAAUCCAGCGAUCACAGACUUAAGCGACCCAAACCGUCCACAGAAGCUGGCGGUGAAGUACGGCGAACUUUACGACAACGAAUGGACGGACGCCAUAGAUAAAAUGAAUCCCAAAAAAGUGGAAAAACAGGACCGUGCAUGUAUAGAAGUCCUGUUGGAAAUGCUACAGUUUUGUUACAGGGAAUGUGAAAUGAUCGCUGCCAAAAAUUUAACCCAUCUUGAAAUGGUUUGCUGCAGUUUUCAAACACACAAUACACAACAGGGAAAACUACCAGAGGGAUCAGAGGCAAUCAAACGCAAUCUGAUCGAUGCACAACAUGGCGCUUCUGUUUUUACAAGGAGGGCUGCAGUUGAUAUCGUGAAAGCAAGUCUUGCAAGGCACAAGUCCCUGAAGGACAAAUCAAAGCUGGUAUUGCCGUACACAGAAAAGUGUAUAGAGAUAUGCUGGAGCAUGGUUACACACCAUCCAAGACUGUUUCUCCUAUGGCCCGAUGUCAGCAAAGAGAAGCAAAUUCGCUUUGACAUGUUCCAGGCAUACACUAGAUCAGGUGACACAGUGGAUUACGUUGUCUGGCCAGCUAUGCUACUCUACAAGGACGGUCCAUUGCUGAGGAAAGGAACCGUACAACCAGUAGCCAGAUAAGGAGAAACUACCUUCAAAGUACAAUAUGGAAGAUGCAACCCUGGCAUUUCUACAGAAAAAGUGUAAACGAAUUAAUUAAAACCAGAUUAUUACCAAGACAUAUUCGCAUACUAAUGGAUGUGACAUAUUUGUUUGUUGUUUAGGCACCCUGCUUAAAAAACAAACUUAUAUCGCCUAGUGACUUCGUGCAUCGUGUUUCAACGGUUACUUUGUUGGGAAAAUGUUACUUAGUAUUUUUUUUAUUCAAAUUAAGAAUUUAGUUCGAGUUUUGUGAAACUGCAUUACUAUUUUAAAAAGCAGAAAUUAUUUAAUAUGUUAGAAAGGUGUUGUUUAGAUUAUUUUGAUCUAAUACUGAAUAUUUUUCACAGUGGGUAAAUAUUUUCAAAAGAAUAACUAUGAUGUCAAAGCAAAAUUCGAUCAGAGCGUUGUUUGCCAGUCUUCCAGUUCAAUUCUUUACACCGGGCACAGAAUAGUGUUUUUUUCUGUCACUUCAUAAUUUUCACUACAGAAUAACAAGGCAGUUUCAUCACUUCAAAUGCGGGUGUCAUGCAUUAAAUGACUUUCUAUGUGUACUUCUGUAAGUUCUAUGAGAAUUUCUAUAGGAUUUAUGCUGAGUUUCACUCAUAAAAAUAACCUUUUUCAUGUUGAAAUUUGUUGCGAUGUUCAUACUGCCUGGGUAUCUUUAAUAAAUUGAAUUUAUUCAUUAAUUGACACUAAGGAAAUCGUAUUUACAUUUUGUUAUUCAAAACAAUGAAUGUCAUUAAGACCUCUAUAUCUUGAAAACUUCUAUGAGGAGUUAGAUCAUACUUGAGCACUUUGGUGAUAUUUAUAUUAAUUAUUUAUAUUACUAUAUAUUAUUCUACGAAAUAGAUACAUUCGUUGUAAAGUAUAUCUUCUCAUCACAUUUAUGCUAUUUAACAUUUUACUUAUUAGCUAAAUUAUAUAAUUUAACUAUAGCUGAAAAUUCUUUGUCAAUAUUGAAUACGAUCACCGUCCACGGGAAAGUGAGCCUGGCUUUUAUAAGAGUAAAAGAUUUACACAAAGCC